CUCCAAACACGACUUCCAGGAGCACGUGCCGCAGCUGGUGCAGUCGCUGGUGCUGCUGCUGGCGGAGGACGCGCCGCUGCCGGAGCUGAUGACCAUCUGGAAGGCGCUGGAGGCGGUGUGCGGCGCCAUCCCCAAGGACGCACUGCCGGAGUACGUCUACUGCCUCAAGUCUGCCGUGGCGGAUGCGCGCGAGAAGGAGCGCCGCAAGCGUCGCGGCGGCCCACAGCUGCUGGCGGGUCUGUGCCAGCCUCCCAAGGCGCUAGCGCCGCUGCUGCCCAUCUACCUGCAGGGAGUGCUGCAGGGCAGCAGUGCGGAGGUGCGCGAGGCGGCUGCGGAGGGGCUGGGUGAGCUGGUGGGCGCGACGAGCGAGGAGGCGCUGAAGCCCUUCGUGGUGUCCAUCACCGGCCCGCUCAUCCGCAUCAUCGGCGACCGCUUCCCCUCGCCCAUCAAGGCGGCGAUUCUGGGCACGCUGGGGCUGCUGAUCGGCAAGGCGGGACCCGGGCUGAAACCCUUUGUGCCGCAGCUGCAGACCACCUUCCUCAAGUGC